UUGAUAGUAAUUUGGGAUGCAGCCGCUGUGAAGCGGAAGGUGCAGCUGAACAGGCGCUGAAGUAAAUCGCCGUUGUUCAACACCGAAGUGUUUUGACAUAAAUAUAUUUAUUUUCAUUUUCAUCUGUGGGGCUUUUAAACUCGUGACAGUGAUUUUCACUCUUCGGACGCAGAUUGAAGAGUUCGAAGUUAAACAUGAUCACAUCUGCCGCUGGAAUCAUAUCCCUCUUGGAUGAGGAUGAGCCGCAACUGAAGGAGUUUGCACUCCACAAGCUCAACUCCAUCGUCAAUGACUUCUGGGCUGAAAUCUCGGAGUCUGUGGAUAAAAUUGAGGUCCUGUACGAAGAUGAGACUUUCCGUAGCAGAGCGUUUGCUGCGUUGGUGGCUUCUAAAGUGUUUUACCACCUCGGCGCUUUUGAGGAGUCGCUGAACUAUGCUCUGGGCGCUGGAGAUCUCUUCAACGUCACUGAUGACUCUGAAUAUGUGGAAACCAUUAUCGCGAAAUGUAUUGAUCACUACACAAAGCUGCGUGUGGAGAAUGCCGAGCUGCCAGAGGACGAAGAGAAGAAGACCAUCGAUCCUCGUCUGGAGGGCAUUGUUAAUAAAAUGUUCCAGAGAUGCCUGGAUGAUCACAAGUACAAGCAGGCCAUUGGGAUUGCGCUGGAGACCAGACGCCUGGACGUGUUUGAGAAAACUAUCCUUGAAUCGAAUGAUGUCAGUGGGCUGUUGGCCUACAGCUUGAAGAUCUGCAUGUCUCUGAUGCAGAAUAAAAAGUUCCGUAACGAGGUUCUCCGAGUGCUUGUUAAGCUCUACAUGAACCUGGAGAAGCCUGAUUUUAUCAACGUGUGCCAGUGCCUCAUAUUCCUGGACGACCCUCAAGCCGUGAGCGAUAUUCUGGAGAAGCUGGUGAAGGAGGAUAACCUUCUGAUGGCGUAUCAGAUCUGUUUCGACUUGUACGAAAGUGCAAGCCAGCAGUUUCUGUCCUCUGUUAUCCAGAACCUUCGCACUGUCGGCACUCCUAUCCCCGCUGUUCCCGGCUCCACGAAUACCGGCACUGUGCUAACGCAGGACAAAGACAGUGAUGCGAUGGAGACGGACGAUAAAGCCGGCAGUUCCCCUGCUGGAAAAGCUGCAGAUGCGAAGGACGAACCAAAAGACCAGAACUCAAAAAUGAUCAAGAUCCUCAGCGGUGAAAUGGCCAUCGAGCUUCAUCUGCAGUUCCUCAUUCGAAACAACAACACAGACUUAAUGAUCCUCAAAAACACAAAGGAUGCAGUACGAAAUUCGGUAUGCCACACAGCGACGGUUAUAGCAAACUCCUUCAUGCACACAGGAACCACAAGCGACCAGUUUCUCAGAGAAAAUCUGGAGUGGCUUGCGAGAGCUACAAACUGGGCAAAGUUCACAGCCACGGCGAGUCUCGGUGUCAUUCAUAAGGGCCAUGAAAAGGAAGCCCUGCAGCUGAUGGCCACGUACCUGCCCAAAGACACAUCACCAGGCUCCGCCUACCAGGAAGGUGGAGGCCUUUAUGCACUCGGACUGAUCCACGCUAACCAUGGGGGGGACAUCAUCGAUUAUCUGCUCAGUCAGCUAAAGAAUGCUAGCAAUGAUAUUGUGCGUCAUGGCGGAGCUCUGGGUCUCGGCUUAGCAGCUCUUGGUACGGCCCGACAGGAUGUUUAUGAACUUCUCAAAUCAAACCUAUACCAGGAUGACGCAGUCACGGGAGAGGCUGCAGGUCUGGCAUUAGGUCUGGUGAUGCUGGGCUCUAAAUCAGCGCAGGCUAUCGAGGACAUGGUGGGUUACGCUCAGGAGACGCAGCAUGAGAAAAUCCUGCGUGGGCUGGCAGUGGGCAUUGCCCUGGUUAUGUAUGGCAGGAUGGAGGAGGCUGACGCGCUCAUCGAGAGCCUCUGCAGGGACAAAGACCCGAUUCUGCGUCGCUCGGGAAUGUACACAGUCGGCAUGGCUUACUGCGGCUCGGGAAACAACAAGGCCAUCCGACGCCUGCUGCAUGUCGCGGUCAGUGAUGUGAAUGAUGAUGUGCGCAGAGCUGCCGUCGAGUCCAUCGGAUUCAUCAUGUUCAGGACUCCAGAGCAGUGUCCCAGUGUGGUGUCCCUCCUGUCUGAGAGUUACAACCCUCAUGUCCGCUGUGGAGCAGCAAUGGCUCUGGGGAUCUGCUGCGCUGGCACCGGGUACAAGGAAGCAAUAAACCUGCUGGAGCCCAUGACCAACGAUCCAGUCAACUACGUGAGACAGGGAGCUCUCAUCGCCUCGGCCCUCAUCAUGAUCCAGCAGAGUGAAGUCACCUGCCCCAAGGUUAAUCAGUUCAGGCAGCUGUACGCCAAAGUGAUCAACGAUAAGCAUGAUGACGUCAUGGCCAAAUUUGGAGCCAUUCUGGCUCAGGGCAUUCUGGAUGCAGGUGGCCGGAACGUAACUAUCUCCUUGCAGUCGCGGACCGGACACACACACAUGCCCUCCAUUGUGGGUCUGCUGGUGUUCACUCAGUUCUGGUUCUGGUUUCCGCUGUCUCACUUCCUGUCUCUGGCCUUCACACCUACCGCCAUCAUUGGCCUCAAUAAGGACCUGAAGAUGCCAAAAGUGCAGUACAGGUCCAACUGUAAACCCUCGACCUUCGCUUACCCUCCAGCUCUGGAAGUUCCCAAGGAGAAAGAAAAGGAGAAGGUUUCCACUGCUGUUCUGUCCAUCACCGCUAAAGCCAAGAAGAAGGAGAAAGAGAAGAAGGAGAAGGAGGAGGAGAAGAUGGAAGUGGAGCCGCAGGAGACCGAAAAAGAAAAGAAAGAGGAGGAGAAGGAGAAAGAGAAGGAGAAGAAAAAGGAGCAAGAGCCCAAUUUCCAGAUGUUGGAGAAUCCAGCGAGAGCGAUGCCGGCACAGCUCCGAGUGCUAACCAUGCCUGAGAAUUGUCGCUAUCAGCCGUUUAAACCACUCCACACAGGUGGUAUUAUCAUCCUGAAGGACACCAGUGAGGAGGAGGAGGAGCUUGUGGAGCCAGUCUCCGCCCACGGGCCUAAAAUAGAAGAGGAGGAGCAGGAGCCUGAGCCCCCAGAGCCAUUCGAGUACAUAGACGAGUGAACGUUCUCUGCGUCGGUACGCAGAACCUGAGUUUACACAAGGAAUCGAUUUAGGUCCAGUUUAAACAGUACCUUUAAAGAGCUUCAACUCCUUUUUCCUUCUUUGACAGGUGCAGAGGCCAUUCGUAUCCCAGCAUGCACCUCUUCAUGUCCUUUUUGCCACAUGAUCCCCUGUUAUUUUAUACGUUCCUCACUCCUCCUGGCCUCGCUGCCACACAGCGAGUGUUUUCUGUUAUUUUCUGACAAUUCAAUAAAAUGAACUCUAUGA